GUUGGGAGGUCAAAGUGGAACCCGGAUGUGUGAAGCAACAUGGCGCUUCACUGAAGAAGUCGUCAAUGAGAAACACAUCUGCAGUUGGUUGUAGUUGUAAAAGAAGACAAACGUGGUUAUGCUGCUUCCCACGCUAAGAUAUGUAGUCCGGUGCGGCUACAGAAACGCAGGGAAAGGAUUUCAACAGAGCCACCCCACACCUCUAAGACAAUGGCUGCAGCACAGAGGACAGAACACAACUGUGGGCCAGACUGUAGCUGCACAGACUUCCUCCAACACACUCCCCAAUGCAGCAUCAGAUCGGAUUGUGGGCCGCUGGCUGGUGGGAUGCAGUGGCCUCGUUCUGGGUGCUGUUGUCCUGGGAGGAGUAACCAGACUGACAGAGUCAGGCCUCUCCAUGGUGGACUGGCACUUGGUGAAGGAGAUGAAGCCGCCUCGGACUCAGGCUGAGUGGGAGGCCGAGUUCUCCAAAUACCAGCAAUUUCCCGAGUUUAAAAUAAUGAACCGUGACAUGACCCUUACUGAGUUUAAGUUCAUCUUCUACAUGGAGUGGGGACACCGUAUGUGGGGAAGGCUCGUGGGUUUAGCCUACAUCCUGCCCACCAUGUAUUUCUGGAAGAAAGGUUACUUCAACCGGUCCAUGAAGGCUCGUGUCCUGGGGCUGUGCGGCUUUGUGUUCUUCCAGGGUCUUCUGGGUUGGUACAUGGUGAAGAGUGGACUGGAGGAGAAGCCGGACUCGUACGAUGUCCCUCGUGUCAGUCAGUACAGACUAGCGUCUCAUCUCGGAUCCGCUCUUCUUCUGUACUGCGGCAGUCUUUGGACAGGGCUCACGCUGAUGCUUCCUGUGAACAGGCUUCCAGACACCAGACGUAUUGUGCAGCUUAGGAGGCUAGCCAAGGGCACAGGAGCAUUGGUCUUCCUCACAGCUCUCUCGGGAGCCUUUGUCGCUGGCCUUGACGCUGGCUUGGUGUACAACUCUUUCCCAAAAAUGGGCGACUACUGGAUCCCAGAUGAUCUUCUUGCCUUCUCUCCUACACUCAAGAACAUUUUUGAGAACCCCACCACUGUCCAGUUUGACCACCGCGUACUGGGCAUUAGCUCAUUAGCAGCCAUCACCGGACUCUACAUCUUCUCCAGACGCAUGCAGCUGCCCAGGAGGGCAAAGAUGGCAAUCAGCUGCUUGACAGCUAUGGCAUAUACACAGGUGGCUCUCGGAAUCAGCACUCUGCUCCUGUACGUGCCCACUUCCCUGGCAGCUACGCAUCAAUCCGGAUCCGUAGCACUGCUUACUUUCGCCAUUUGGGUCCUCGCAGAACUCCGCAGGGUGGCCAAGUAAUUCACCUUCUGCCUAAAGAUCAGGUCAGGACUGUGCACUGAUGUAAGUCAUUGAAAGACAUGACCAUGACCAUGUCAAACACACAGAGGAUGCAUUUUAACAUCAACAUCAUAAUAAUAAAUAACGUUUUUCUCUGGCGUAAAUUGGCAUCUUGCUGUCUGGUAUUAAACAUCAGAUCGAAGUCAGCUGAAAAGGGAAAAUAUCGUCUUCUCAUCCGGAUCCCAGUUCCACCCAUAUGUCGAUCACGUGAUUCUCUAAUAGCUCUUAUAAUGCAGUGCAAAAGUUUGUGCACCCUUUGCGUUAGCCUUUCUAAACGUGACAUGAAUGUUCCAUUUCUCUGUCAUCAACUUUCAGGAUAUUCAAUCCUCUGUAAGAAAAACAUCUUAUUUAUUUAUAUAUCUACAUGUCAGUCACAAUUUUAAGCACUGUUUGCGAUUCCAUUCGGCAAACUAUUUUGCUGUCAUCUGUAACUUGUACCAAUAAAUUUUUGGAGCAUAUUAAAUGGGAAUGAUUUAAUGAUAAGAGAAUGUAAAUAAAAUGACUGUUCAUGUAUAUCAUUUAAUCUUCUGGAAACUUCCACACAAAAUUACUAUCAGUAGAAAUGUACCAUAUCUGAGCUCAUAUUAGUCAUGAAUUAAUCUUUUAUUUCAGUAAAACGAUACCAUGGCACUGUUGAGGUCUUGUUUCUGAUUGGUCCGAAGAAUGUUGAUUCAUUUUCUACAUAAACUGUUUUGUUAAAAUAAAAUAAAGGUUUAUUUCUACCAUU